CCUCCCGCUUCCAAAACUCUCUUCUAAACCCGGAAAACACACACACAGCCGUGGGUUCAAAACUCACACUCCUAUCCGUCGGCUCUGUCUCUAUCUCAAAAUCUCUUCGAAAUUCGUAUCUAAAUCGAAACCGAAAACGACGAGAAAAAAAAAAAAAGAAUACUCAUUGAGAUAUAAACCAUGGAAACGCCUACAAUCAAGCACCCAAAUCCGAACCAAACGGCAAAAGUACUUGAUUUUCCUUUGAAAUCCCACACCAACUCACACUCUCAUUCUCCAACCUUUCUCCAGCACAACGGCUUCAACUCCACCGAGCUCCCAAUCUCCGACAUAGAGAUGAUAGCCAUACAGUCCGUGGAGUACACGAGUCUCAAGGACCUGUUGCCGCUGUCGAGCUUGUCACCGACACACAAUUCGAGCUGGUACGACGAGAUCCCGAUCAAGAAUCCGCUGGUCAAGCACGCGGCUCUGGCUUAUCUCCAGCCCAUGUCGACGCCUCGAGAGGCCGGGGACAAGGGCUUCUUCGGGAGGCUCAGGGAGCAAUAUUGCUCUUGCGAGGGCGGUUGCUUAUGGUGGCUCGGUUAUGUCGUUUCGAUAAUUAAGGAAGCGUUUCGAGAGAGAAGAGAUAUUCUGUACUAUGCUGAGGAUGAAGGGGAAGAAGAUGAGGAUGAUGAUGACGAUGAUGAGAAGGUUGACUGAGAUAGAAAAACAGAGUGCAGAGAUGCUUUUUUGCAACCAUGGAGGUUUGACCGGUGGAUAGGAAUUUCUUCAAUUUGUGAAUAGAUUUUCUUUCUCAACAAUAAAAUAAUUAAUAUUUUUGUAUAACUUCUCUUAUACCCUUUGGGCGGUUGAUUUUUGUAUGUAAAUACAGGAUUAUUGAUUGUGUUCAAACAAUUAAAAUAUAUAGAACUCUAUGUAUUCGUGGCGUAGAGUUGAAUUUUUUUGCUA